AUGAAGGAUGCAUCAUUCAGUGCUUAUUUUUUUCUAGGAUUAAUAGUAACUGCAAUAAUGCAAACUGUAGGGAGAAAUAUGGACUGUCCAAUGUUAUGCAUUUGUGAAAUCAGACCAUGGUUCACACCAAGAUCCACUUAUAUGGAAGCUCCUACAACAGACUGCAAUGAUUUAAAUCUGGUAGUACUGCCACAAAUAUUACCAGCUGAGACACAGGUUUUGUUGCUGCAAAGUAAUAAUAUUUCAAAAAUCAAGAACAAAAUAGACUACUUGACCAACCUUACAGAGAUAGACUUAUCCCAAAACAACUUUUUAGCUAUCCGUGACAUUAACCUAGGAAAGAUGCUUCGGCUACUCUCUCUGCACUUAGAAGAAAAUAAGCUCCAUGAGUUGCCUGACAGUGGCUUGCUUGGGCUCAGCAAUCUCCAGGAACUUUAUGUUAAUCAUAAUCAAAUUUCCAGCAUUUCAUCAGGAGCAUUUACAGGGCUUGAUAAUCUCCUCAGACUCCAUCUGAAUUCUAAUCAGCUGUCCACGAUUAAAAGCAAGUGGUUUGAAGCUAUUCCGAGUUUAGAGAUUCUAACAAUCGGAGAAAACCCUAUUUCUCAAAUUCAAGACCUGAGCUUCAAACCCCUCAAUAAUCUGCGGAGUCUGGUGUUAGCUGGAAUGGAACUCUCGGAAUUGGGGGAAAAUACUUUGAUUGGUCUGAACAACUUGGAAAGCAUUUCUUUUUAUGACAACAGAUUUAUCAGAGUUCCCAAUGAAGCUCUUCAAAAAGUCCCUAAUCUUAAGUUUUUGGAUUUGAAUAAAAACCCUAUUCAGAGAAUACAACAAGGCGAUUUCAGAAAUAUGUUGCACUUGAAAGAAUUGGGCAUUAAUAACAUGGCAGAAUUAGUUUCUAUCGACUGCCUUGCCCUUGAUAAUUUGCCUGAACUAACAAAAAUUGAAGCUACAAACAAUCCAAAACUUUCAUAUAUUCAUCCAAAUGCAUUUUACAGAGCACCCCAGCUUGAAACGUUAAUGCUAAACAGUAAUGCACUAAGUGCCCUCUACAGGGAUACAGUGGAAUCUUUGCCCAAAUUGCAGGAAGUCAGCAUCCACAGUAAUCCAAUCAGAUGUGAUUGCGUCAUUCGUUGGAUUAACAUGAAUAAAACACAUAUUCGAUUUAUGGAGCCACAGUCUUUAUUUUGUUUUGACCCACCAGAGUUCAAAGGUCAGCAUGUUCGAGAAAUUCCUUUCAGAGAAAUGACAGAAAUGUGCCUUCCAUUAAUAGCUGCAGAAUGUUUUCCUUCUGAAAUAAACUUGAACAGCGGGAGCUCCACAACCCUACACUGUCGAGCUACAGGGCAGCCAGAACCUGAAAUUUACUGGAUCACACCUUCCGGUAAUAAACUUCUUCCUAACACUGCAACUGAUAAAUACAAUGUAUACCUUGAAGGAACAUUGGAAAUUUUUAACAUAAGCCACAAGGAAGCAGGCUUAUAUACUUGUGUCGCGCAUAAUCUGGUUGGAGCAGAUUUGAGAUCAGCUAUCCUAACAGUGAAUGGAUCAUUUCCACCAUCCAUAAAUGAGACAAUGAAUAUUGGAAUAAAAGAAGUUGCAGCACAUUCUAUUGUGGUGACCUGGAAGGCUGUUUCAAAUAGUGUGUCAUCUAAUAUUAAAUGGUCUGCCAAAAUGGAUUUCGAUAGUCCCGAAGUUACUAACACAGCCAGAGUUCCAACAGAUACACAUAUAUAUAACUUAACACAUUUGAAUCCAUCAACUGAGUAUGAGGUAUGUAUUCAUAUAAUUAACAUCAAACAAGAAACGGAAAACAAAUGCCUCAAUGUCACAACGAAAGGAAUAGUUUUAGCAGUAAACUCAAACAGCACAAGUACAACCUCAACAUUUAUGGCUGCCCUUGGUGCCAUCUUUGGCGCCAUUAGCAUGGCAUGUCUCUAUUUCUGUGUGACUUGGAAGAAAUACAAUUUUGGGCACAGUCAUUUAGAAAAGUACGUACAGAAUAAAGCAACAUUUCCCUUGAACAAAUUUUAUCCUCCACUUAUAAAUCUUUGGGACAAAAAUAAAACAAAGGAUGGACCACUGGAACUUAAAGGCACUGUAAUAGAUGUAACAGCAAACUGUUCAUAA